AAGCUUCCUGGCCCCGGCGGAGUUUGGCUCUUUUCUGGAAGAUCGGUGCCGGCAGUGCCGGCGGCGCGGAGCCACCUUGCUGCCGGGCUGUGGUUGCCGGCCUCGUGUCCCUGGACCUUAGGCCGUAACCAGCCCCCGCUGAAGGCCGCAGCAGGCCGGGGUAGCACAGUCUGGGCCCUCGGCGCCCCUGGGGGAAGGACCGCAGCCUCGCCUGGUCUUCGGCGGCGGGAGCCGCUCCGCCUUCUGGAUCUCUGUGCCUUCCCGGCGACCGACGAAAGGCUCCCUUGGAAUUUCGAUUCGCCGGGUGACCUUGCGCUCUAGGUGACGCCUCGCUUGUAGUUCGUGGCUGCUCUUGGCUGUUCAGGAGCUUUGUGAGAGAAUUUCAGUGUGUGGAAACAUUGGUCUGGGUUCCAACCAGUGUAUAUCCGAAGGUCUCAGUAUAAUACCAGGACCAAAAUACUGCAUAUCCGUCAGCCGGCCAGCCAUAUACUUAAUGACUCCUAAAAGUCUCAUGGACUUCUAAAUGUUCUGUUUGCCCAGGAAGCACCAUGGCCUGCGCUGCUGUCUUGGUUCCUGGGUUGUUUCGAGGCUCUGUGGGAGCCAUCUGCUCCCAGGCUGCUUUGUUGAAAUCGACACGAGGCGCUCUGCGCCACCUUACGCUAACCGGCAUAAUGAAAUCCAAAAGGAAAACUGAUCACUUGGAGAGAACGGCAAAUGCCCUUCGACAGGAGGUCGUGACGGCAGCUAAGGUGUGUGGAACAGCCAAUGAGUCACCCUCUGUGAAGAGGCUCCGCCUGCUUGUUGCUGAUCAAGACUUUUCCUUUAAAGCUGGCCAGUGGAUUGAUUUCUUUAUCCCAGGAGUCCCUGUGGUUGGUGGGUUCUCAAUAUGCUCCAGCCCCCGACUGCUAGAACAGGAGAGAGUAAUAGAACUGGCAGUGAAAUAUACGAACCACCCUCCUGCUGUCUGGAUUCACAAACAGUGCGCACUUGACUCUGAAGUGGCCGUGAGAGUGGGUGGAGAGUUCUUCUUUGACCCUCAGCCUGCGGACGCCUCUAGGAACCUCGUGUUGAUCGCAGGAGGAGUCGGAAUUAACCCUCUGCUUUCCAUCCUGCGGCAUGCGGCCGAUCUCCACAGAGAACGGGCAAACCAAGGAAGUGGAUAUGAGAUAGGGACAAUAAGACUCUUCUACAGUGCAAAAAACACCAGCGAACUCCUGUUUAAGAAAAAUAUCCUCGAUUUAGUAAAUGAAUUUCCUGAGAAGAUUGCAUGCAGUUUGCAUGUUACAAAGCAGACUACACCAAUCAGUGCAGAACUCAAGCCAUACAUCACGGGGGACCUUUGCAUCAUCACUGUAGCAUGCAUGCAAAGAAUUUAUAUUCCAGCCUCGGCUGAACCGAUGCCAUUUGCCAUUAAUGAAGGAAGAAUAACGGAGAAGGAGAUAAGAGAGCACAUUUCAAGAGAGACUUUGUUCUACAUUUGUGGCCCACCUCCAAUGACAGACUUUUUCUCCAAGCAACUAGAAAACAGCCAUGUUCCCAAAGAACACAUCUGCUUUGAGAAGUGGUGGUAGGGAGCAGGCAAAGGUAGAAAGGAGAGGGUUGUGGGAUUUACCCGGGACACGAUUCGAGGCAAGAUGAAGUUACCUCCACUCCAUCUUUUCUUAAGGCUGUGGGCAGAGUGACCUGCUGGAGCAGAAAAGAAAAAACAGCUGACAAGACUUAAAUGAUCAACUUCUGGCAAAGACUUCAUUGAACUAUUUUUUACUGUAUUGACUUUCUUUUAUUAGUAACUGUUUGAUUAUCUCAUGAUGUACCUUGAAUUGAUUUCCUUUCCCCUGAGGGAAAAAGAAGACAUAUACUUACAUUUAAUCAUAAGAAAAUGAGGUUUUGUCUGUGAAAUGUAGGCUAUCUUUAAAUUAUUUGACAGCAGCCUAUAUAUCUUAUAUUCAAUAAACUUAUAAUUUAAACACAUUCUUAA